AUGGUGCAUUCCAAACUUAUUGGAGUUGCAAUAUUAUUGGUAUUGCUCUUUGUGGAUCUUGCUUUUGGUGCAAGAUUUUAUGGUAGAGGAGGAGGCGGCGGAGGUGGAGGUGGUGGUGGUGGUGGAGGCUCAGCAUUGGGAGUGGGGUCAGGGUAUGGCUCAGGGGAAGGCUAUGGGUAUGGUGAGGGUAAUGAUGUGUUUGGGAGUAGUGGAGGCGGUGGUGGUGGGGGUGGUGGAGGUGGCGGUGGGGGGAACUCAGGAAGAGAUAGUGACUCUGGAUAUGGCUCAGGAUCAGGAUCAGGAUCAGGGUCAGGAUAUGGAUUAGGUGGAGGAAUAGGUAGGGGUGGUGGUGGAGGUGGCGGUGGUGGUGGUGGAGGUGGCUCAGGAAAUGGUUCGGGUUAUGGAAGUGGAAGUGGUUCUGGUUAUGGAAGUGGUGGUGGAAGUGGUGGUGGUGGUGGUGGCGGCGGUGGAGGAGGAGGAGGUGGUGGAGGUGGCGGAGGUGGUUCGGGAUAUGGUAGCGGCUCCGGCUAUGGAUCAGGAUAUGGAGGAGGAAAUGGAGGCUAUAGAGGGGAUGAACCUUGA